UUAGAGCUAGCAGUAGAGCGCGAUUGUGAUAAAAUAACAGUUGUUACAUAUUACACAAUAUUACAGUUUAAUUGUCUUACUUGAGUUAUCACCCCAUUGGAUUAGGUGUUGACAUUAGUGAAUCUAAAACUUGUGAAGUGUAUAAAUCAGUGAGAGUGGCCCAAGUAGCUAUUUCAGUUAAGACCAUGUGUGUAUCCAAAGUCAACGACAACAGAUGCAAAAUGAUCAACAGGAGCAAGCUUGGCAAGGCAGUGCGAGGAGUGUUGACCCGAGCAAAGGUGGAAAGACGCCUUAUCUGCGGUCUGCUGCCCGCCAUCGCCUACCUUGAAAAGACGCCAGAUGACGUCGUCAUCUGCGUCCUUCCUCAAACCAGACCUGGGGAUGCAACCACGCACAUUCAGACGGUGCUCCUCCAGGCCUUUUGCUACGAGAAUUAUAUUCCUGUCAUACAGGUAAACAGCAGUGAAAAACUAGCCGAUUAUUGCGGCGUUUCGUCUAAAACUGGUUGCAACUGCGCCAUUAUCGUCAAAGAUCCAGCAGCAUCACCGACUACUCCAGAUGACGAGAUUCCUCUGUCGCCCACAGAGAAAAUCCUGGCAGACUUCUACGAGUGCACCUUGGAAGAAUUCCCAAGGCCCGUUAUCGAGUUGCCCAUCUGAGGGCCCUUAUGUAAUUCAGUUUUGUACAAAGGAUUAUAAAUUGAAAAAAAUAAUAAUAAUUGAAAAAUGGUUAGAAUAAUGAAAACGUCGCAUUAGAGAAGGCAGCCCAUGUUGCCGAGGAGACAUUUUGGAAUGACAGGAUAGGAAAUCUUGCGUUCUACUUUUAAUUUAAUUUAACUUGCUAAAUGAUUUAUAGCGAGACACAAUGGUGGAAAUUUGUAAGAGAAUAUUGUAGUUCGACUGAACCAAUGAACAAACUUGUAUUUGUAUUAUUGAUAAGUAUUUUAUGUCCCUUUUAUUCGGACAGGACCAAAGUGUACAUGUGUAAGAUUUUUCUAUGAAAAGAAAUGCAUUUGUAUUGUAUUUUGUUGAUAAGUACUUGAAAUUGUAUUACAGAAAUAAUUAUAUUUUAAUAUAGUCUAUGAAAACAGUAUAUGUAAAGCAGUAAUUAAUACUGCUGUUGCUUCUUUGUAAUAAAAAUUAUUUUGUAAUA